UUCGAUUACACAAGCAGCUCGUUCAAAUAUAUCCAGCAAUAGUGUGCUGUUGACGUUUAUAAUGCAGCAAUUGCGUUAUUAUGUGGGUCGAGCGUUGGCUAGGAGCCGACUAUACUCUACACAGCCACACGGAGAUAUUUACGAUGUAGUUGUCAUCGGAGGAGGUCAUGCCGGCACAGAGGCGUGUGCAGCUGCAGCCCGCAUGGGCGCCCGCACAUUGUUGCUCACCCAUAAACUAGACACCAUUGGCGAGAUGUCGUGUAAUCCGUCCUUUGGAGGCAUUGGCAAGGGACAUCUAAUGCGUGAAAUUGACGCGCUGGAUGGCGUCUGUGGCCGUUGCUGUGAUCGCUCAGGUGUGCACUAUAAGGUGUUGAACAAGCGCCGCGGACCCGCUGUGUGGGGACCGAGGGCCCAAAUUGACCGCCAGCUAUACAAACGAGCUGUUCAGCAGGAGUUGUUUAACAUGCCAAAUCUGCAGAUCCGUGCUGCAUCCGUAGAUAAUCUCCAAAUCGAAGCAGAUGAAAGCACGAGCAAUGGCACACGUUGCAAUGGCGUGCUUUUGGAGAAUGGAGAGCUGGUGCGCAGCCAUUCGGUGGUGCUUACAACGGGCACCUUCCUGCGCGCACACAUCAACAUCGGAUUGGAAGUGAGACCGGCGGGACGUAUCGGUGACCAGCCUGCCAAGGCGCUGGGCGAAGCUCUCAACAGACUGGGCUUUCGAAUGGGACGCCUGAAGACAGGAACACCGCCAAGGAUUGCCAAGAGUAGCGUUGACUUUUCACAGUUAGAGAGACACGAUGCCGACGAUCCACCCAUGCCGUUCUCGUUUAUGAAUCGCGAUGUUUGGCUGCCCGCCAAGGAGCAGAUGCAUUGUUAUCUGACCUAUACGACGCCACGUGUCAAUGAGAUUGUACGCGAUAAUUUGCACGUCAAUCGGCACGUCACAGAGGAAAUAACGGGGCCACGCUACUGCCCUUCGAUCGAAUCGAAGGUCUUGCGAUUUGGUGCUAGGGUCCAUCAAGUUUGGCUGGAGCCAGAGGGAUUCGACAGCCCAUUGAUUUAUCCACAGGGUAUAUCAUGUACUUUGCCGCAUCCCCAGCAAAUCGAACUGGUACGUGCAAUUAAGGGCCUAGAGAAAGCUGAGGUGGUGCAGCCGGGCUAUGGCGUGGAGUACGACUUCAUAGAUCCCCGCGAACUAUAUCCGACGCUGGAAACGAAGCGGGUGACUGGACUCUUCUUCGCCGGCCAGUUGAAUGGAACUACAGGAUACGAAGAGGCUGCCGCCCAGGGAAUCAUAGCUGGUGCGAAUGCGGCGGCUAAGAGUGUUCAUCAAGAUGGCCGGCAAUUAAACAUUAGCCGUACUGAAGGGUACAUUGGCGUAUUGAUUGACGACCUCACCUCUCUGGGCACCAACGAACCGUACCGCAUGUUCACCAGUCGAGCUGAAUUCCGACUCUCUCUGCGACCAGAUAACGCCGACAUGCGUCUCACUCGGAAAGGCCACGAAUUUGGGCUGGUCAGCGAGCAGCGCUACGAGCACUUCAAACAGACAGAGGAUAGGCUUAAGCGCGGCAUCGAGGCACUCAGGGGCUUGCAGAAGCACAGUAAUUACUGGCGCCAAGCCCUAGGCCUGCCACAAUCCAAGGCUUCCAUACAAAAAUCUGCCUUCGACAUGCUUUCCGUGCCGUCGGAAAACAUUUCAGUCAAACAACUCAUCGAACUAUGUCCCAAUGAACUAAGCUGGUUGCGUGCAGACGACGAGUUGGCCACCAGGCUGAAGAUCGAGGCGCUAUACUCGUUCUUUGUGGAUGAGCAACAGCGCGACGUCGAAGAUGUUAGACGGGAGGAGCGCUUGUGUAUACCUGGCGACAUCGACUACUUCUCCAAAUCAUUGAGUCUCUCGAAUGAAGAGCGUCAAAAACUGACGCUUAUACAGCCACAAACAAUUGCCGCAGCCAGUCGUAUUCAAGGCGUUACGCCUUCGACAAUACUGCGACUACUAAAAUACGUUAAAAAGUCAGAUGCCUUGCGAACUGUCCCCGAAUAUAGUUAAGAAGAGAACUAUUUGAGUAGCCUUUGUUGAAUAUGUGAGAUAAUGUAAAUAUGUUUUGAUAAGUCCUUUAUAUAUAAGUACGAUAGAUUGGCCAAAGC